CCCCCCAAAAUGACUUAACUAGUACUUUAAGUAUUUUUACCUAAGUACUUUACACCACUGCUGUCACUCAGGAGUAAAAUGGAGAAAUACCCUGCCUCACUCAGCCAGUCAGUCAGCCAAGUCCCCGAUUUCACAAUCUCCCAUAUGCCAUAAUGACUCACUUCCAGAACUCGGCUUUAAAACAUCUCUCCUCACAGCGGAAGAUUCAAACUCGCCACAGACAGAGAAGAAAGAAGAGAAAGAAAGAAAGAGAACUCGCAACCUGACUGACAAUAAGACAAAGAUAUAACAAUACUUGUUACCAGCUAGAUAACAACAGACUAUAUUAGAGGAUUUCUAGUAGGAUCAUCUGUAACUCCAAGAUGAGCAUCAGAAUGUCAGCCAGCCUUGUCGUUGUGCUCCUGGCCCUCCUGACCAUUACUGAGGGGAUGAGUCUGAGAGGUGGGGCUGACCUGCGAUUUCGCUGCAUUGAGACGGAGAGCAGACGUAUUGGAAACUCAUUAAGAAGAUGGAGAUGUUCCCUCCCAUCGCACUGCAGAGACACUGAGAUCAUUGCCACUCUGAGCAAGAGUGGUCAGAUUUGUCUGGAUGUCAGCGCUCCUUGGGUCAAGAGGGUCAUUGAGAAGAUGCUGGCCAACAACAAAUGAAGAGGGGGAAUCAUUCCAUGAAUACUCUGGGAUUCUGAACUGUUACAAGAUACAAACCAAAUAAGUAUUUAUAAGAUUGAUAGGCUGAAUUCUAUCAUUUUCUAUCCAUGUUGAAAUACAAUACUAGAUUUAGAG